GAGCAGGCAUAAGCAAGACGUACUGUGUGGUUUUUCCUCUAGACUCCUUUUCGAGAGUAUUCCGCGCUUAUUCCCAGUGAAGCCGCCAGCGCAGCACACGAUGGUCCACGGCGGCUCCGUGCAGCUCCUGUGCCUGACGGCGGACAGCGGAGUGCCGCUGUUUUGCCGCGGCACCGCGAGGCAGCUGCCCUUCUCCGUCAUUGGCUCGCUGAAUGGGGUACAUAUGUUCGGCAGCGGUCAGGACGUGCUACUCUCCAGCUGUGAAACGGAGCGCGGGGGGCGAGUCGUGUGGAGAGUGUUUCACGACAGCGUCAUGCUCAUCGCUGUGAGCGGCCAGGACACUGAAGCAGUGUGUGAGUUUCAGCUGCGUCGCCUGUUGGACAAUAUCUGGAACUGCAUGGUGUUGAUCCUGGGAAUUGAUGAGCUCGUUAAUGUACGAAACGUGGAGCGUCUCAAGAGGGACCUGCGCUUGUGUUACCAGCUUAUCGAUGGGUUUCUGGAGGCUUCUGGGGAGUGGAUGGGAGAUGUGACGCACUGUGUGGACUGCCUGCUGCCCCCACAGCUUGUGCUGUUGCAAGAGGCUCUGGAUGCCUUCAGCCAUGCGGCUGAGAGUGAGUUUGGUUGCCUAUUGGUCCACGGAAAAGUAGUGGCAGCUACUGAGAAAUGGUGGCGUCUGGCCCCCCAGGAGGUGGUGUUGCUCACUGUCUUGCUGCGGUCACUGGGAGGCACAGCCUGUUGUGAUCAACCCGUCUUUCUUCCUCAAGGUAGUCCCACAGUGCCGCAUCGCCUGCUACGUUUUCAGCUGCUGCCCGGGGCAGAUGUGUGUGUGCUGUGUGGGCCCAGUCCCUCAUUGCAGAGAGCUGAGAUUGAGCUGGUGGGUCGCUUCUGGCGCCCCCUGAUGGAAAUUCUCUGGACCUGCCUAGCACUGAAGGACCACUGCCUUCCUGGCUCUGUCACGCUCCACAAGGAUGUGCUCGGACUGUUGCUCAUCAACCGUGAGUCCAGUCGAGCCAUCUCUUCAGUGCGCUCUGCUGUCAAUCCACCAGGGGCCCCCUCUGUGGCUCGUCGCUGGGAAUUGCUCAGGCUCUUCUUUAUAUUCACUGUCAAAAGGUACUUUGUCCAAGAUGAGGUGGCACAGAGACAGAAAAGGGAGUCUCUCCAGGAAGAGUUUGCUCUUGGGUUUUCCCAUCAACCCAUACAGUGUUACAUGGUGACAGAGGAGUGCAAAUGCUUUGGACUGCAGACUCCGCACUAUCAGCUUUACCUUUUGAUGCCUUUCUCUGUGCCAACAUUUGCUCUCAGGCCUCUGGCUGCUCGCACUCUAUCUACACUCACCGCCACUGGGUUCUAAAGAGUGCUGGUAU